UAAGAAGUAACAACAAAACUCGGAACAAUACCAAAUCGUUUUGGCACCGUAAUCGAUUAAGCACAGCACAGCACAAUGUACGGAGGCUCGAAACUCGGCCGCGGCGGCGGUCGAGCAAUACCCCCGAACAAGCGCAACUCAUUCCCACCCCCGCCGCCGCCGCAGCACCGGCUGAGCACGCCAUCGUCGGCGAACCGGCUUUCUCUAGGGUCCUCAGCCUCUCGCAACCGGACGGCGGGUACCAGUGGGGCCACGUCAUCAGUGGGUUCUAAGGCGGUUGAAGAAACGUUCAGCCUUGUUUCUGGGAACAAUCCGUUGGCUUUCGGAAUGAUUAUUCGGCUGGCUCCGGACUUGGUGGAGGAGAUUAGAAAAGUUGAGAGCCAAGGGCAGAUGGCGAGGAUUAAAUUCGAUUCAAUGGCUAAUAACCCAAAUGGAAAUGUUAUUGACGUAGGUGGUAAGGAGUUUAGAUUUACAUGGUCACGUGAUGGUGACCUCUGUGACAUUUAUGAAGAACAACAAAGUGGUGAAGAUGGAGAUGGUUUACUUGUUGAAUCUGGGUGUGCUUGGCGCAAGGUGAAUGUUCAGCGUAUCUUGGAUGAGUCAACUGUGAACCAUGUAAAGAUGCGGUCUGAGGAAGCUGAGCGCAAGCUUAAACAACGCAAAGCGAUUGUGCUAGAACAUGGAAAUCCAUCCAUGAAGAGUCAAAUAAAGCAACUAGCUGCUGUUGAAGCUAAUCCAUGGAAGAUGCAGUUUAAGCAAAAGAAGGAACCUCCUCCAUUUAAAAAACGGAAAGUGGAAACACUUCAAGUUAGUGGCCCCCCUAAAUCUACCAAUAAAUCUGGAACACCAUCAACUGCCAGUCUGAAAAGUAAACGCUCAGCUUCACCUCUAUCAUCUCCACCUGGGCAACCUGGUGCUCCACUGUCACCAAAUGGAACUGGAAAUAUUGCUAAGAAUCAUAUGAACAUUGAAGAAAUUACACCCAUUCAGAUGAAGAAUAAAGAGAAUGCAUCUAACUCUGAGAAAGAAAUUGCAAGGAAUACUAGCAUAGUGCGAGAAACACAAGGCCACAAAGUAAAUUCUGGAAAUCAACCAACAGAUUUGAAAAAUAUGUUGAUCACUUUGCUGAUGGAGAAUCCCAAGGGCAUGAGCUUAAAGGCCUUGGAGAAAGCUAUUGGAGAUACUAGUCCCAAUUCUGUAAGGAAAAUAGAACCAAUAAUUAAAAAGAUUGCAACAUUACAAGCUCCAGGAAGGUAUUUCUUGAAACGUGGAGUAGAGUUGGACAGCAUCAAGAAACCUGCCUCUGAAAGUGGAAGUUCCCCUGAAGAUAAUCAUCAGCAGACAUCAGUUCCUGAUAACUUCCAUGGCCAGAAACCUGCUCCAGGACCAAGCUUGUUGGAUAAAGUCCCAACUGGUGGCCUGGGGGAGCAGGCUCAAUCAAACUCUAAACUUGGAGAAGAAUCAGUUGCAAUGGAGAAAGCUGAUGUCCAACAGUUUUCACCUGAUUUUUUUGGUGAGAAAAAAGUGUCUGAUAAUUGUGAAGGGCAUCCAGUUAGCUCUAGUGAUAGUGGAAGUGACAGUGACAGUGACAGUGGGAGCAGUGAUAGUGGAAGUGACAGUGGAAGCCACAGUCGAAGUAGAAGUAGAAGCAGAAGCAGAAGCCCUGUUGGAAGUGGGAGUGGUAGUAGCAGUGAUAGUGAAACUGAUGCUUCUUCCAACAGCAAGGAGGCUUCUGAUGAGGAUGUGGAUAUUAUGACUAGUGAUGAUGACAGAGAAUACAAGCAAAAAUUACCAACCUCUGAACCAGGUUUGUCAACAUCGCCUAUUCCCUGGAAAAGUGAUGAUGGCAGACCUACACAGAAAGAGAGAGAUGAAAAGGAAGAUGCUGAUGGAUCCGAUGCAGUUGACAUUGUGGGGCAAGGAUCUGAUGCAAUUGACAUUGAGAAAGACUUGCCUGAUGAUGGACAAGAAGUUGAAAUGGAUGUGAAUACUAGUUUGAUUCCCAGCAGAGAAGUUGAAAAACCAGUGGAAGCUACAACAUCCUUGAUUGAUGAUAAUGAACUUCAAGAGCGCCAAUAUUUUAUAGGAACUUUGUUUGAUGAUAAGGAACAUAUUGUCAAGGACAGCUUCAAGAGUGAGAGGUCUGAUAGCCCUGAAAAGACAUUGAAAAACAAAUUCAAGAGGGGUCCUGAUUUGAAGCACAUUGAUGAGAUAUCUGACCGUUCUAAAAGGUCUAAAGCUGAUAGCUCAGUUCGACCCCCUAUUACUGGGAUUUGGGAUUCUCAGUUCCCUGACAGCCCUCACAAUUCAUCACCAACUAGAUCUAUUGAAGAUCCUUAUAAGGGCCCCACAGCUCAAAUGAUGAAUAGAGCUGACAGGGAGGGUAUUGCUGAUUUUGGCUUCCAAAAGGGCUACAAUCAGGAAUUUUCUGGGAGAUCUGGUUCUGAUUUUCAGCAGUCAGGUCAAAAGUCUUUUGAUAAAAGUGCACGAUCAAAGCCUCAUGAUACAGUAGAGAGACCAAAUAAACAUGACCGUAAGGUCUCUGUAAAGAAUUCUUGGGGGUAUGAUGUUUUUCCUCCAAGAGAAAAAGCAUCUAGGGAUUCUCAAAAUGAGGACAGCUUUACAAAGGAGAAAAAGGGGCCUAGAAAUCUUAGGGAAGGUGGUCCUGGAAGUAAAAAUUCAGUGCCACUUGAUUCCAAUAAUGGUAAAUAUGGUGAAAUGGCAGGAAAAUUCAAUGAGACUGGUCAGGUGGGAAAUGGAAGAAGCAGCAUACUCCAAAGAGAGCUUUCAGACUUGGAGGUGGGUGAACUUCGUGAACCAUUGGAUGAGGAAGCACUAUUUAAGAAGCAAUUUGAUAGAAAAGGUUCAAUUAAACAGUCGGAGAACAAGUCAAGCACUUCUGAUAACUGCAAUUCAGAUUUGAGCAAGGGAAAACCUGUUGGAAAGGCCCCUUUGGACUCAGGGAAAACAUCUCCACCCAAUCUCAGCAUUGGUAUUAAGAGGACCCCAGAAAAUCAUAUUGAAGAUUCGACAAGAACACACCAUAGGCCCACACAAUCUCAGCCACAAGAUCUUUCAAGAGUAGAUCAAGCUGAAGUUGGGUCCCAGUUUAACAAAUCAAUGGAUGCGAGUGGUAAAUUCAGGCAAAGUGAAGCUGGAAUGAGAUUAGGUGGUGGUCUUGAAGGAUUCGGAGAAAGCCAUCGGAAAGCACCUGUUAGCGCUUCACAACAGCAUGACUCUAAACAAGGAUUAGUAUCCCACUCAGUAAAGGAGAGUAAAAUGCACACAUCUAAUUCAAUGGCAGACUUGGUUGAUGUGCGCAAGGACACAGUUUUGACAGAGAGCAAUAAUACUGAUCGACGGAAGAGGGAAUCUUCUUCAGAUGAAGACAACUGUUCUUAUUACAAGUAUGAAAAGGAUGAACCAGAACUCAAGGGACCAAUUAAGGAUAUUUCUCAGUAUGAAGAAUAUUUGCAGGAGUACCAAGAUAAGUACGAAAGUUACAUAUCUUUGAACAAGAUCCUGGAGAGCUACAGAAAGAAGUUCCAUAAACUUGGAAAAGACCUUAAAUUUGCAAAAGAUAGGGACAUGGAGAGAUAUUACAAGCUCUUGGGGCAAUUGGAGAACUCCUAUCAUCAAUGUGGACCGAAACAUAAGAGGUUGAAGAAAAUAUUCCUCGUGCUACAUGAAGAACUUAAGCACCUUAAACAGAGGAUGAAAGACUUUGCAGCAUCAUUCAAUAAAGAUUGAAGAUUAAUUUUUUUGCAAACCUAUCAGUACAGGAUGAUUUACAGCAUGGGGAACCAGGUAAUGGGCAUUUUGCACUCCCCACCUAAAAUUCCAAAAAGAUUAGAGAAUUUUCAUUCAUAAAGGAAUAUAAAGGUUUGGGGAUUAGCCAAAAGAUAUUCAAAUGCCCACACUAAUGUACAUUAUUCAGAAAUGAUAUUUCAGUUUAAUUACAUUAACCUAUUGUAUAGUUGGGCAAAAGAUAAGGGAAUCACCCUUGUAAGAUAUGUUGGACUAACAGUGACAAUCAAGUUAGUGGUUGUAAUUUACAUUUAUAAUGGAAUGGAAUUUUUAGCAAGUACAA